CCGCCAGAAAGUCUUCAUCAGUUUAUAUCGUACCCUCAGAUCUCCCUCUCAUCAGCCACCCUGCCUCAGUGACCUCUGGUUUGGAUCAGUGGGAACUGAUAACAGGUCCCUGCCUAUCUGGAGGUUUGCCUGCUUGAAGGCUGUAUAACCUCGUCCUGACCCGUCCUCUCGCUCCUCUCCGGCUCUUUCACUCUCAUUUCUGCAGCAGCAAUGGCCACAGCUGGAAAGGUCAUCAAGUGCAAGGCCGCAGUGGCCUGGGAGCCCAACAAGCCUCUGGUGAUUGAGGAGAUUGAGGUAGACCCACCACAGGCCAACGAGAUUCGCAUCAAGAUUGUGGCGACUGCAGUAUGCCAUACGGACCUGUACCAUCUUUUGGAGAAUAUGCAUAAAGAUGGCUUCCCAACAGUCCUUGGCCACGAGGCAGCUGGGAUCGUAGAGAGCGUUGGGCCUGGAGUCACUGAAAUUCAGCCAGGAGAUAAAGUUAUCCCUUUGUUCAUCGGCCAGUGCCGACAAUGUCGCUUCUGUAAGAGCCCAAAGACCAACCAGUGUGUGGACGCAUGGAAAGGCAAUGUGAUGACAGUGGCAGACUCCAGGUUUACCUGUAAGGGCAAGAAGGUGCUGCAGUUUGCGGGAACCAGCACCUUCUCUGAGUACACUGUGGUUAAUGAGAUAGCUGUGGCUAAGAUCGACCCUGCUGCUCCCCUGGACAAAGUCUGUCUCCUGGGCUGUGGGGUCUGCACAGGAUAUGGAGCAGCAGUUAAUACUGCUAAGGUGGAACCGGGCUCCACAUGUGCUGUGUUUGGCCUGGGAGCUGUGGGCUUGGCCGCAGUCAUGGGCUGCAAGGCUGCAGGAGCCGAGAAGAUUAUCGCUGUUGACAUCAAUCCAGAGAAGUUUGAGAAGGCCAAGGUGUUUGGCGCGACGGACUUCGUGAACCCCAAGGACCACAAUAAACCCAUCAGCCAAGUGCUGUCUGAGAUGACUGACGGAGGAGUGGACUUCUCCCUGGAAUGUGUCGGGAAUGUGGGAGUCAUGCGCAGUGCCUUGGAGUCUUGUGUGCAAGGUUGGGGUGUCAGUGUGAUUGUUGGCUGGACAGACUUGCAAGACUUUUCUGCCCGACCCAUUCAGCUGAUCGCUGGACGCACAUGGAAGGGUUCUGCAUUUGGAGGCUUUAAGGGUAGGGAAGACGUGCCUCAGAUGGUCAAAGCUUACCUGGACAAGAAGGUGAAGCUGGAUGAGUUCAUCACUCAUAACAUGACUUUGGACCAAGUCAAUGAUGCCAUUGAACUGAUGAAGCACGGAAAAUGCAUCCGGACGGUCCUGAGUGUUUCUCCACAGUAAGACCACUGUGAUGCUGUUCAUGACCCCAAAGUAAUUCACUCAUUGACCACUCUGUUAAAAAAGAUCUCAGAGUUAUAUUUCUACAAAUAAUACAAUGCACAGAAGAAGGGGAUCUAUCAAAUUAUACACAUUUAACCUUGAGCAAUCAACAAUGUUUGGUCACUGAAUGCUAAACACGGUAAAGUGUUUCUAGGGCAAAAUAAAUUGUCUGACUGAUGGGCUCUGUGUCUUCCUUGUUUGUCAUCUGGUUUUGUUGUGUUGUACGUCAUGGACACAGCAUUUACAUGUCUACAGCAUUGUCUGUCAUGUCUCUGAAUGCUCCAUUAAACUGCAUUUAAAGUGUCAGUCAAAUACUUUUAGU